AAUGUGAAGUAACGUGGAGUUGGAUUCAGACAAAUUAAGUUUAUUGUUUACUUGUUGAAGUGUUAUUUUGCGCAUCUUUCCUUUUCUUUCGUGUCAACCCAAAAUGGCACCAGUUAUCGGUUAUUGGAACCUUCGAGGUGCUGUUGAGCCUAUUAUACUGACUUUGAAACAAGCUAAAGCCUCGUACAAAUUGCGUGUCUACAAACUCGGUGAUGCUCCUGACUUUGACAAAUCAGAUUGGCUCAAUGAGAAGCACAAUUUGGGUCUUCCUUACCCUAAUUUACCAUAUUACAUUGAUGGAGAUCUCAAGAUUACUCAGACUUUGGCUAUUCUCCAUUAUCUGGCUCGUAAACACGAUUUAGGACCAAGAAAUGCCCUGGAAUCCAUUCGAUCCGAUAUCUUCGAACAAGGUGCUUUUGAAAUAACUCAUUCACUAUGGACAGCUUGGUACGUUGAGAGUGACCAGGAAUUUGAGGAUCGUCGACUUGGUUUGGAUUCUUAUUUGGUUGAAAAGUUGAAUCACACUGGAAACGCUUUUGGUUCAAACAAGUUCAUCCUCGGUGAUCGAGUUACUUUCGUUGACUUUUUGCUAUACUCGACACUCGACUACAUCAGACAGUAUAAACCUUCCUUACUGGAUCCAUAUGCAAACCUGAAAAGCUAUCUGGACCGAAUCGAAGGCUUGCCCGAAAUCAAUAAAUAUUUGAAGAGCAACAGUUUCAGUCGAUUCCCAAUCACAGAUGCAACAGCCAAAUGGGGAAAUGACACAAUUCAAAAGCCAUAUUGAUCAAGCUACAAGCUUUAAUAAAUGUCUUCAUUAAACUCUAAUAAAACACUUAUUCGAUAUUUUUGGAGAUACUUUAUCUAUUGGAAUUAUUAAUGCCUUUUCUUUUUCUUUGUUUUUAUGAUCGUACAAGAUCGAGAUGAAAAACGAGAAAGAGAAUUACAAGAGAAAAGAAUUAAAAUACAUACGUUACAUUAAAAUAUGAUUCAAAACUCUA